AUGUUACCUAAAAAAAGUCACACACUGUUACAAGUUGCUUUGAUAAUGGAACAUGAACAAAUGGUGUACAAUCUCCUAGAGGCAGGUGCAGACAUUUAUGUACGUGAUUCAAAGGGUAAUGAAGCUCUUCAUUACGCAGCAAGCUGCGCAAACGAAAAAAUACUUAUGUUUUUUCUAAAUAAAUUUAAUGUUGCAAAUGUCGAUCAGAGAAAGAGGAGUAUACCACCAAGGAGAAAGAAAAUGAAACUUGAAUUUCAUUUAGACACUAGAAAUAAAAGAAAAGAAACUGCUUUAUUCAUCGCUGUGAAACGUAAGAGGCAAUCAAAUGUGAAAAUACUAAUAAAAGCCGGAAGUGAUUUAAACGUAAAGUCUCGCAGUAACGAAACUCCGUUAGCAUUGGCAUUGCGUCUAGGUUUGGAUGAGACAGCUCUUUUGUUGAUGCAACACGGCUGCGAACUUAAUACUAUUAAUAGCAAAGGCGACAAGGCAAUUCAUUUAGCUGUACAACACAGGUGCAUCUUAUCUUUUCACUGGUUAAUGGCUGCUGGUACAAAUGUCUUUGAGAGGAACAAUGUAGGAGGAACAGUUAUGCACUAUUCAACGACUGUAGAAAUAGCUGAGUCUUUGGUCGAGGCAGGACUUGAUGUUAAUGAUAAAGACAAAUUUGGCAGAUCACCGCUGCAUAUAGCAGUUUCAAAAGGAAAUGUAGAUCUAGUAAGAUAUCUUCUAGAGAACGGAGCAGGCGUGAACUCAGCUACUUGUUUUGGAAAUACACCAUUGAUUCUAGCUACUAAGUGUUGCAGUUUACCCUUGAUUAGAAUGCUGUUUGAAAAUAAAGCAGACAUCAACAUACAGAAUAAACUAGGUUAUUCCCCUUUAAUUAUAGCCUCAAAGCAAAUAGUAGCUGACAAUUCUGAAGAAGACACAGAUCAAUCAAUAUUUAAAGAAAUUAUUUCUAGAGCGCCAAAUUUAGAUCUUCAAGAUAAUCUCGGACGAACAGCUCUUAUGUCCUUAGCAGGAGAUUUUGCGUGGGGAAUUUCUACUCUCAUCUCUAGUGGGGCUAAUAUUAACAUCAAAGACAAACAGAAAAGGUCAGCUUUGGUCUAUCUUUUGAUGAAUAAGUCAAAAUGUCUAAACGCUGAAGCAUUCAUCAAAAUGUGCAAUGGAAAAUUAGAUGUUGUUCUUGACCCACAAUACAAAUGUCUGCUGGAAGAUUUGGCCUUUAGCAAAAAAAGUUCUAAAAGCACAGCUGAUAUUAGCAUGGAAAUUGUGAGCCUUUUUCUGAGCAAUGGUUUUGUUUACAACCUCGAAGAAUGUAAUUCUCAACCUUGUAAUAUGGAAAACUUUAUAAAAAGUGGCCUUGGGAAUACAGUACGAAUGUUGAUUGCUAAUUGCUACCUAUCGAACUAUGAUUUGAAAACAAUAAUGUCCUACAGCAAAAAUACUGUCACGCCUUCAAGGCAUGGCGUUCACAAGCUUCUUUUCAGAGCCAGUCGAAGUCCGUGGCCUUUAGUGAAACUGGCAUUCAUCGCAGUAUCUAGCCAGCUUGGGGACAGCCCUGAAAGAGAACAACAUUUGAAGCAAUCUUUUAUUCCAGAGACUAUUCAGGAGUUGCUUCAGUUUCAAACGAGGCUAGCAAGACUGCAAAUGAUUUUUUGGAAACGAAUUCCAUUUUUGUUCAACCCCACACAAUACGAACAACGCCCGAUUCCCAGGCCUCUACUUUACUACUGGCCGAUUGGAAAUAACAUGUUUACAGCCAAGCCAACAAAUGCAUCGAGCUUGACCAGCAAGGAAAAUAUCAACACGUAACUUGAUAUGUUGGCAUCUGUUACUGCACUUAAAAUAAGAAUUAGAAAAUGGGGAUCGCUUAUAUAUAAAUUGUUAACUUACUUAGAAAAAAUGUAUAAUUUUUUUUAUAUACAAAUUGUAUUAUCUAUUCAAGGUACCUACAACGAUAUGUAACGAUUCGUAAAGAAUGGUAGGUGGUUCUAUCUAUAUAUAUUUUUAAAGACUCUUCAAAACGUGAUGGGUGCAUGACAGUGGUGACCAUACGUCGGAUACAGUUGUUAUACAAAUAAUUGCAAAUAUGUAGACGUAUCACAAAACACAGACAAUAUAACCAUAUAUUAUAUAUAUGAUAUAAGAAGGGGGAUAAUGCAAGGGUGCCUGGUGAUCACAUAUGCCCAACCUGCGAUCGCAGCUGUGUAUCAAGGAUUGGCCUCUUUAGUCACACAAGAAGUUGCAAAGGGAAAAGAUCGUCUCUCGAGACGUAAGAUGCCACAGACAGAUAUAAUAAUUCUUUUCUUCACAAGGCUAAGCAGUCCCAUCUGCAACCUACAUAUUUUGCCACACCCAGUUCAUACAUUUGAUAUAAUAUUUGACAUGAUAAAAUAAAUUACCACAGAUUUCUACGUAUUUCACUACCAAAGAAAAUUUUAAAUAACAAAUAACAUAUUUACAUCGAUUUGAACCAAAACUAAAGCUGUAUUUGGGCAAGAUAUCUGUCCCACUACAAAUGUAUAAGCCCUAUCGCUGUGGAACAGAGUCUUUUAUAUUGUUUUACUAUUAAUAGUAAGUAGUUCUAAAAACGAUGGAAUAAAAUACAUCUUACAUAUUUAAUUUAUAAAAACAAAAGGGUCCGCCUUCAAUAGAUAAAUGUAGAUUUUGCCCCAGAAGCUUCCAAGCUAAAAAUAUCACGAAAUAUGAUUUUCCAUAACUUUUAUAGCUGUUGAGAUCUUGACGGAAAUGCGGCUGUAGAGGCAAAUCAAAGAACAUAAAACUAAUUGUGACUUUUCCCCUCUCUAGGGCCGCUAAAAAUUACCAUAUCCUAAUAGCGAAAGAGCAUAAAAAUGUGAUCUUACAGAGCUGAAAAGUGCACAAACAUUAGUAUAUGUUUUAUCAAUAUACUUUGCUUAUCAAUUUGGAGAUUUUCGCUUAACUAAACAUUGUCAAGGGCACUAAAUCGAGCUUCACAAGCUGCCAACGUUAACAAAUGUUAUUCCAUAGUGUUACAAUUUGCAAACCGUUAAUCAUGUAACUUGUGUAUACAUAGCUUACUAACACUUGCGUUUUGUUGUUGUUGUUUUAUUGUAAACCGGUUACACCAAAAAGCUUGCUGUUUAUAGAUUUUCCGCCAUGUAUGAAAAGGUCUAAUACUUUCGUAUUCUGUACGCCAGAUACACCAAAAAGCUUGCUGUUUAUAGAUUUUCCGCCAUGUAUGAAAAGGUCUAAUACUUUCGUAUUCUGUACGCCAGAUACACCAAAAAGCUUGCUGUUUAUAGAUUUUCCGCCAUGUAUGAACAGGUCUAAUACUUUCGUAUUCUGUACGCCAGAUACACCAAAAAGCUUGCUGUUUAUAGAUUUUCCGCCAUGUAUGAAAAGGUCUAAUACUUCCGUAUUCUGUACGCCAGAUACACCAAAAAGCUUACUGUUUAUAGAUUUUCCGCCAUGUAUGAACAGGUCUAAUACUUCCGUAUUCUGUACGCCAGAUACACCAAAAAGCUUGCUGUUUAUAGAUUUUCCGCCAUGUAUGAAAAGGUCUAAUAUUGUCAUAAGGUCAUUGUGACAUAAUGGGGAAAUAACUAUUUUUGAUUACUUGUAUAGUUAGGAGUGAUUCCCCUUAUGUAGUUUAUAAAAGGCCUUGCAAACUGUGUUUAGUUGCCACUUGCUCCUGAGUUACCAGCUUGACCACUUGACCUGUGUUGUGUAUAGUAUUUUUUUCUGUUAGUGGUCGUGUGUUAUGGGGUACUCGGAGAAGUGUGCCCUGCUCUGGAGAUCUUUGGGCUAAGUAUGUCUUUAGUAUUAUUGUAUUUUAUAUAAUGUAUUUAUUAAUAGAUAUAGCCCCAAAAGAUUUCCAGGCAGUAUAUUUUAUAUUACCCUGAUGUUCUGCAUUUUGGGGUACUCCCAAACGUGACAUAUUUUUGUAACCUUUUUCUGAGGGAUUCAACCUGUAUUGAAUCAUCAGAUGGACUUUACAUAUUUUUUUAGCCUUGUCUCUGAGGGAUUCAACCUGUAUUGAAUCAUCAGAUGGGCUUUACCAAACGUAUGGCUAUAGGUGGGAUUCUAUGAAGCUUGUAGGCUCAUAGGUUUCCCUGAAGCCUAUAGUUCAUCAUGACCAUUUUGUGGGUUUUUUUUGGCAAAAAGUGGCUAGUGUAAGCCUGAAGCCUGUAACCAUAGUGUAGCCAAAAGUGGUCGUGUUUCGACCUGAGGCCUGUGACCUUCAGUUGGCUGUGUAAGAUGGAAGUUUGUAACCCAAUGGUCAAAAGUGGUCGUGUUUCGACCUGAGGCCUGUGACCUGUAUUUUUGAUAACCAGAAUGUGACGAUAAUGUAACACAUGACUAGGGCUGUGUGCCAUAUUAUUUUUGAGUAUCUUUUGUUCACUUUUUGUUGUGUCGGCCUGUGAGUUAAUGGCCAUGUAUUUACACCUUUAUUUUAUUCAUGUAAAUAAACCAUGUAAAUAUGUUUACCUGCGACUUUGUAAAGUCUUUUGUUGCAUACAUUAGUUGAAUUGUAUACCUGGAGGUUAUACUUAAUAACCUAGGCAGUACAAGAAGGGACCAGUACACCUCUGGACGAACGUGCCAGCACACUUUUAACACUGAUCUGUUGAUCUAAAGUACCUAAGUCUAGCUAUAAUUCUAAUUGAAUAUUUUAGCUAUACCCGCUAAUAGGUAAUGUGAACUCAUAUUGGUUCAUGAAUCCUCUUUAGGUCACACUUCCGUAUUCUGUACGCCAGAUACACCAAAAAUCUUGCUGUUUAUAGAUUUUCCGCCAUGUAUGAAGAGGUCUAAUACUUCCGUAUUCUGUACGCCAGAUACACCAAAAAGCUUGCUGUUUAUAGAUUUUCCGCCAUGUUUGAAAAGGUCUAAUACUUUCGUAUUCUCUACGCCAGAUACACCAAAAAUCUUGCUGUUUAUAGAUUUUCCGCCAUGUAUGAAGAGGUCUAAUACUUCCGUAUUCUGUACGCCAGAUACACCAAAAAGCUUGCUGUUUAUAGAUUUUCCGCCAUGUAUGAAAAGGUCUAAUACUUCCGUAUUCUGUACGCCAGAUACACCAAAAAUCUUGCUGUUUAUAGAUUUUCCGCCAUGUAUGAAAAGGUCUAAUACUUCCGUAUUCUGUAAGCCAGAUACACCAAAAAUCUUGCUGUUUAUAGAUUUUCCGCCAUGUAUGAAAAGGUCUAAUACUUCCGUAUUCUGUACGCCAGAUACACCAAAAAGCGUCUUAUACAUAGAUUUGCCUAUAUGCAUGAAAAUUUUGAAUAGCUUAAUGUGCAACUACUAUAUUAUAACUUUAUAUAUAUAUAUAUAUAUAUAUAUAUAUAUAUAUAUAUAUAUAUAUAUAUAUAUAUAUAUUAUAUUUUAACACUUUUACUUCCCAAGCAGUAGUUAUCUUUUUAAACAGAUCUUCACAUAUAAAACUAAUGUUGUUGUUUAAUUAGAUGUAAGAAAAUGUAUUCUUUUAUUAUCUUUCAUUAACGUUACUCUAUAUUUUCUUAUGUAAGGAUCUGAACAAAACACUCUACUACCGUUGGAAAGAGAAUGAUAUACUCUAGUUACUUAUUGAAUUAAAAUGGAUCAUGUUUUCUGUUUUUUUAUAUGUUCGCUAUUAUAUUUUAUUACAUUAUAUUAAAAAACUCUUGAUACUCUGGGUUAUGAUUUCAAAUUUUAUAAGUAAUAGAAAAGAAAUCUAAUAAUUCUUCUGAUGAAGUAAAACUACCUAUUUUCGACACAUUCGUUGUCGUCAUCUAGAGGUUCAAUAAAAAUAAAAUCAUAUCAUCCAGAGUUUCAAAAUAUAAAAUAUAUGACAACCAACUUUAUGUGUACUUUAAUAUUAUUACAAUCCUUUUUGAUAUUACAAGCAUUAUUUAUUAUGUUAAUUAUAUUGUAUUAAUUGCAACACUUUCUCAACCAUUUGCUAUGAUAGUUUCAUGUAAUAAAGGAAAUAUUUUGUCAAA